AUGUCUUUAUCUGAAGAAGAAAUCAGAAGAUUUUUCAGAAUCCACAAGACACUCCAUCAGAUGCUCAACGACCGUGGGUACAUUGUCACGGAAUCUGAAACUGGGAUGACACACGAGCAGUUUGUUGACAAAUAUGGCGAGGACAUGAAAAGAGAGGAUCUUGUUACUCUCAAGAUUAAGAGGAACGAUGACUCUGAUAAGCUCAUUGUCUUUUUCCCGGGUGAAACAAAGAUUGGAAUCAAGCAGCUUAGGCCGUACAUUGCUCGCAUGGAAUCCGAGAAAAUCUUCAGAGCAAUUUUCGUUAUAAAGCAGGACUUCACACCCUUUGCUCUGGAAUCUUUAAAAACUACAUCUUCAAAAAUUCACUUGGAAAUUUUUAAGGUAAGAAGUUCCUUUUUCUGA